CAUAAAUAUUAGACGGACAAGUGCUAGCAUAUGUAGCUAGCUGCAUCGAAAACGUUAGUUCCAUAUGUAGUCGUGCAAAGAAUGUUGGUUUAAAUAGAAAUCUUUAAUUGUUUUGUAUGAAAUGAUUAGAGUUUUGCGCUCGAACAGCACAUGCAUCUUAAGCAAUAGUUUAUUCGGCCCAUAUUAUCUGAAUCCACUAAGACUGGGAGGAUGUCUCUGGUACAGCACAGCUGAUCCAGACUUGGAAGUUGAAUUUCCGAGGGUUUUACGUACUGGUCGAAGCAACCAGGUAAAGUCAGGACCACAGAGGCAGUUGUGCCAAGUUGUGCUGGACCACUUUGACAAGCAGUACAAUGAAGAGCUCGGUGAGCUGUGGACCAAAGCAAGGGCUGUGCUGCUGGAUCCUCGGUGCUGGCAGUAUGGAUUAAUGCUGAACCGUUUCACUGAGCUGGGUGAACUCAGCCAGGCCCUCCAGGCCCAAGGCUUCUCCAGCCUCCUGCCUGAGGACUGUGGAUCUGGCUCCCUGCGCUGUUUGGUGCACCCUGCCCAGAAUCGGUUUCCCUCCCAAAAGCACCGGCCUGGCCACCUCAAGCAGCUGUACCUGCUGAACGCCGCCUCACUGCUGCCUGUGCUGGCCCUCGGGGUGCGGGAUGGGGACAGGGUGCUGGACUUGUGCUCUGCCCCAGGGGGCAAAGCCGUGGCUAUCCUGCAGAGUGCCACCCCAGGACUGCUGCACUGUAACGAAUGGGACGGCGAGAGGUGGAGAUGGCUGCGGGACACCCUGCAGUCCUUCGUCCCGCCCGCCCUAAUGGAGGCCGUCGGGGUGCUUAAUCUGGACGGGAGAGUCUUGGGGCGCCGCGAGGCGGGCGCGUAUGACAAGGUGCUGGUAGACGCUCCAUGCUCAAAUGACCGCAGUUGGCUGUACACGUCCCAGCCUAAGCAGGGUGCGCUGUGGCUGCAGGAGAGAGCCAAACUCCCCGAGCUACAGAAAGAGCUGCUGAGCUCAGCGUUGGCGGCGGCGCGUCCCGGAGGUUCGGUGGUGUACUCCACCUGCACGCUGUCCCGCGCGGAGAACGGCGCGGUAGUGGAGGCGGUCCUGGCAUCCUGUCCGGACGCACAGCCACAGGACCUGGGGUGGCUGGCCCACGCCCUGUCCCACCGCUUCACCUUCGCCCCCAACUCCCCCCACGGGCUCCUGGUGGUCCCGGACCAGGGCAGGACCUGGGGGCCCAUGUUCCUGGCCAAACUGAAAAAACUGUGACUGCUCUGUGCCUUAUCUGAGGAGUACGGUAUGUAUUGUGUGAUAUGUGAUGUUAUGAAAGGCAGGUUUUACCACCCCCAACGCUGGAUGCAGUCACCUUUAGAACAAACCAGAGUAAAACAGUAUGGUAAUGUAACUUUGUAAACAGAAACAUGAAUGUUGAUAUUUCCCCAUCCUUUUAUAAAAAUGUGUAUCAUUUCGGUCCCACUGUAAUGUGUGAGCAAUUUGGUUUUGAUGUCAUUUAAAUGGUUUGGUUUUUAAGUCAUUUUGUAAAAACUUUGUUCAUAAUGUGAAGAGCCUUGACCAGUUUCAUUGUGCCAUUCUCUCGACACCAAAUAUACUGUACAUCAUUGGCAUGUUAUUCAUAGACACUGUUGUCUGUCCCAAACAGGUUCUUAAUAAAUAUUGAUUGGUUAAUAUGUGCCAGCCGAAAUUGUGGGACCAGUACAAUAAGUAAAAUUCCGAGGCUAUUUUCUGGAAGAAUCUCUGAUAACAGGUCUGCAUUUCUGGUAGUUAUCUGCACUCUGUGAACCUUACAGCCAUACAGCUAUCACACUGAAUGAGCUACGAUGCCUCUCAGUAAUUCCCUUCUAAAUUUCUCAUAGAUUAAAAUAAAAAUGAAUCUAGUUCAGCUGUGUAAUAGAAUCAAUGAAUUGGAGGAAGUGUCCACGCUUUUAGCUCAAGGUGGCUGUAAUUUUCCCCCCCUCUCUGCUCCUGAGGAGGGAAAAGGCAACAAAUAAAGGAUUCUUGUCAGGUAGUCUGCUGCUCUCUGUUUGAGAAGAAUAGCAGGUGCGGCACCUUGCCCUUCAGGUUGCCAAGUUGGGCUGCGGUUGCCCUUUAAAUCAUAGUUCAAUUCAUUCGAGCAGGAAAUGAAUUGUCAUCCUUCAGCAGUAUGGUACCCCGGUAAUGUGAUCAAAUGUGAAUACCAGUUUUAAAGAUUGCAAAUAGUUUCUGGACUGACAAAUGGUUUUGGCUGGUGAAACUAAAAUAGCUGCUGACAUUUUGACUCUCUUCCCGCAACCUCAGUAUUUUAUAAUAACAGAGGCUGACAAGGACAUCCUAUGGUUCCUGGAGUUUUUAGCUAAGACAAGUUAAGAGCGGGUUGUCGACCUUCAGCUUUUGAGUGGAGCCAUAGCCACACGUUGUGUGGUCGAAAACAUAUUUCUUAUAGGGAGGCCUAAUAACAUCUUCUGCGAAGGUCAGAUGUCCAAACUUGCAAAUUGGCAUCCGCAUCUUAUUCUGUCCAAUUGAAAUGUGUCAAUCUCCUGUCACCUUAUACAGAUCCAGAGGUACAUAGCAGAAGUAGUUUGGCCAAAAUGACCAGUUGUCAUGGGAGUGAGGUAUUGGUUGGGGAGGAAUAGAGGGCAUUGGUUCCUUGUAUCUAUGGCAGAAACAAAACAACAACAAACACCUCUUAGCCAAGGCCUGUCCACUGCUUUUCCUGUCUCCAUCGAUCCUUGCAGAUGGGUGUGUUUCUGAAUCUGUGAAAACGAGCUUUGAUAACCCGGGUGCGUGCCCAGUAGGAGGAGGUGGUUGGGAGGGGCUCAGACACAGUGAUUCAUGACGGGCUCCCCGUGCCACGUCUCCACUCUGCUGGAGUGCUUUCACCAGCUCGCUCCGCACUUAUUUGUCAAACAUAUGACUAAUAAUUACAUCUGAACUCAUGUUUUUUCCCCUCAUCCUUUUGCCCAGAAUUAGCCGGGAUCCAUGUAUAGCCAAACCUCUGUUGUUUUGAUACGGGGCUUUUGCUGGUCACUUGAUUGUAGUGUGACUUUAGUAUGACCUCCAUUUUUUUCUGCCUGCUGAUGCAGAUGGUUUUCAUGACAUCUUUCAGUUUUAAAAAUAGCAGGGUUUAGAUUGACAUCAUGUUACAGAGUGGCUUCAGAUUAUACACACGCACAAAAAUGUGUGUGCUUGUUUGUGUGGGAAGGGGGGGGGUGUAAGAUAUGACUUGGUAUUGAUAUAUUUUGUUGACUAAUGCAUAAGGUUUUCCUUAACACCAAACAAUAAUAAUGAAAUCAGGGAAUUCAAGAAGUUUUAAGGCCCAUUGUCUUUGAUUGAAUUUUGCCCCCCCUGCAUAUAAAUGUGUGUGCCAAUAGAUACGGCAUGCAGUCAUUCACCCAUUUUCAACAUUUGGAUAAAAUGCUUGAGGCCUGCAGUGGCGUUCUACUCCUUGUCUCUAAGUUAGUGCAGUUUUAUUAUUAGACUCGAAUGAAGGACUGUUACAACAGGGAAGAAAAAUGAAUUUGGUGAUAGCUUUGAGUUGAAGAGUUUAAAACUUAUUGGAAAACUCCAGUGUUGAACAUUGAGCAAUAUUACUUCUGUGGUUGAAGGUAGCUGUUACAAAGCUGACAUUUAAAAAUUCCAAAAGGGAAACUACGUGUUAAAUCCAUGUACUGUUACUUAUUUUUAAUGUGGUAGCAAAUUUAACAAACUAUAGACUGCCAAAGCUGGUCUUCGGGCAUGGAAUAGUAAUAAAAUUACAUUGUCUGGACAUUGUAGGCAAUUUUAUUUAUUUUUUUUUUUUUAAAAGAGUAUGUGGCAUAGCUCUGCUUCUCCCUGUUUCAAUAAAGUGAAAGAAUGCACAAAGCAGACUGACUGCUGUCCUUUAAAAAAAGAAAAAGGGGGAUAGGGGAAGAUAUCUCAUUGACAUGCAAAAUGACUUGAUUUAUCGAGGGAAAAGACCCUGGAACUGUAAUAUGUUAUUUCCAAAUUGUAAAAAUAAAGACAAGUAGUAGUGAGAUGUGGAUUGGAGUUCUUCCCACGUAUGGCUUCAGGAAUAAUUAGCCUAAAUCUUGGGGCUGUACAAAUGUGUUACGGUAAUGGAGGAAUUCAUAAUUAAGAUGGCAGCAUCACAUUGCCAGAAGGAAAAGCAGGAAGCAUUUGUAUCCCCUCAGAAAACCUUCUCCGUGUGAGCAGUCAGAUUAUAACUGGGGGGCUGGAGUGAUAGUACUGCUGUUCAUAUAGAACAGAGCCUUUUGACAAGACAAAAACAUACUCUGUACCUCUGUACUUCAGUCCCAGUUUUAGCCAUGGUGAAAAAGUCUUCCAGCUUUUUACUGACUAUGCCACUUCUUAAAAUAAGCCAGUUAGUCGGGCCUACCUGUCUGUCUGUUCUGUGCUAGUUUUGGUAAUGGCUUUGAGUUGCAAUGUGUAGGACGUAUUUCAGUAUACUGUAGUGGAUUUGGCACGUGGACUUCUGUGAACAUUCAGCUAACAAUGUGUGGUUUCUGGAACUUUACCAGAGAGUAAAGGGUGAGCCUUCCCGACAUGCAAAUUUGUUCAGUUUCCUGGAUGUCCCAUAUACUGUAAUUUGGCAGCGCAGAUGAUAUUGAUCAUUAUUCUGAUAAAAAUCAUCAGAGUGAUACUGUUAGUAUCUCCGUUCUAUUUUCCAUGACAGCAGCAUUAAAAGUCUUCAUAAAGUUUCACAUUACUCAAGUUGUUGUUUCUUAUUACGGUGAAGAAAUUGCUAUUUCAAGCCCAUUUCGAAUGAACCUCUAGCAUUAAAUUAAAUCCAUUAGCCUCCACUUGUGCUGGGUCACAGAGCUAAAAGAUGCGAAUGUUGCAUUUACUUACAUAAACAUUUCACUUCCUCGUGAAUGACUCCAAAUGAGCACAGCGCACCUCACAAUCAAGGCUGUUUCAGAUUUGUCGCCCACUGGUGCGAACCUUGUGUGUUGCCUUAAUGUAUAUCAGCGUAGAGCCGGUUCCCAGAAAUGAUCCAGUGGAGGGGCCUCCUUGAACACAAUGCACUGAAGAACACAGCACGGCGUUCAACACAGGAGCUGCCACUGGUCAUUUCUGUGAAAGAUUCAACAAUGGCAAUUUUCCAGCAUGAGGUAAUUGCACAGCGCUAGAGACCAGACCCCCACAGCAUUAUCUUUGCCUCUUCAACUGUGAUAAAGAGCAUUUAGCCAAAGAAGCCUAUGUGCAGUGGUUCUAAAAAGAUUUUAUUUAACGGGCUGGGCACAUUGUGAGGUAAUGAUGUGAAAAAAGAGGCUAGCAAAGGUGCUGGGAUAUAAGCUGUAAUAUUCAAUG